GCUUUGAACACUGCGAUCGGGCAGACCCGAGCUGCUGCCGGUGCCAUCAUGAGUGUGUACACAAAGGACGAUGUCGUCUCCAAGCUGAGAGGGCUUGUCGACUCGCAAGAAAGGAUAAUCUAUCACCGAAAACGUGCAGCCGAAUCAGUCGACACUUGGUUUGAGGAGCUCCGGAAGUGCACCAGCUCCAAAAAGCUGACCAUGCUAUAUCUCUGCAACGAUAUCGUCCAAAACAGCAAGCGCAGAGGCGAGGAGUUCGUGCGGCUCUUUGGGAAUGUAUUGCCAGCUGCCAUCUCGCACAUCUACAGGCAUGGGACCGUUGCCAUCCAAAACAAGACUCUCCGGGUUCUUGGAAUCUGGGAGGAGCGCCAUAUCUAUCCGUCUUCGUUUAUACAAGAAAUAAAGGCUUCUCUGGGGAUUGCUCAAGGGUCAUCCACGCCAAGCCGAAGGGCGUUGCCAACGGCAGUCAAAGCCGAUUCUGAAGAAACCCACCCGCACACUCACUUACUCACCAACAAUUCGCAGCUCAAGGAUGUAGCGAAUGCCCUCGCACUUGCCAAGCAGGCCGAGAAAAGAAAGGACGAAGUUCUCGCGAACACUCCGAAGGAGCUCCUGGAUCCUGGAGAGGGCAUCAUAGUUCAAAUUGACGACCCAACCAAGCAAACAGAGUGCCAGACGCUCUUUUCUGAGAUCAACAAGCGGCUUUCUGAAGAAAUUGAUGCCAAGCAGCGGCUCGUGGGUUGCCUCCAUUCACUCGCCAAGCACUUUGAACUCCAACUCGGUGGACUCGAGAAUAUGCGAUCGGAAUAUCAGGGGAGAGCCGACGCGCUUCUCUCUGCAGCAGCGGGCCCCGUUCUGUUAGAAGGCUAUUCUGAAUCCAGCCCACCGUUCGACCAAAUCCAAGCCACCAUGGCUCUGUCCUCGCUGUUACAAAGCGUCAAGGAGACGACAACUGCAUCCGUACCCUCGGAAAUGUGGUCGACACCGCCGGCAGGCGGGCUUCUCGCUGACCCUGGAAUGCCGCAAGGCUUUCUUUCGCUCUCGCAUCCGGACGAACAGUCGGAUAUUUCGGCACUGGUCGACACAGGUGCCCUCGCCGCGCUUACCCAUGACGACUCUGCGGGUCUUUGUGAGUCUGAAUGGAUUUUUCCAAACCCAGGUCUGUGAUCACAGCUACCCAUAUCUUGACUACUCAGGGUCCGAGGCAAGGCGAAGCAAAGCAAGGCAAAUCUGAGCCAAGACCGGUGAACCCCAGAUAAUGCCAUUCU